AUGUCGGCGCUGGAGCAGGGCAGAGGGGGAGUUCUGUAGGGUCAAAAAUACACAGGAGCUGCACACCAGAACACACAGCAGACCUGCGCAACUUUGAUUCAAGUACAACUUUUUUUUUUACGUUUUGACUUUGUUUUCGUCGCUGCAAAGAUGACCACAGCCGUGGUGUCGCCUUUCUUCGACUUCGAAGUAAUGAACAAGAACAACAAACUGCUCAACUACAACAACCUGGGUGCCCCCCAUCCCAUGUCUGUCCCUUGCACUGGCACCAGUGUGCCCAUCUCCAGCCCCACCGGAGCCCUGCUGGACAGGAAGGCGGUGGGGACUCCCUCAGUGGGAGGUGUCUACCAGCGGCGGCACUCAGUCAGCAGCACAAAGUUCAACCAGAACCAGUUUCUGAACAGCAUGAAGCCAGCGGACCACUCCUUGAUCAUCUCAGGGGUUGGCAAUGCCAGCAACAACAAGGAGAACCGCCUGCGAGACCGCUCCUUCUCUGAGACGGGCGAGAGGCUCUUACACAAAUGCCUGGGGCCCGCCAGUCCCACCAGUGGCAGUGGCAGCAGCCAGGUGAACUCCAGCCGUUACAAGACAGAGCUGUGCAGGCCCUUUGAGGAGAACGGCGCCUGCAAGUACGGCGACAAAUGCCAGUUUGCUCAUGGAAUCCAUGAACUGCGCAGCCUGAGCCGCCAUCCCAAAUACAAAACUGAGCUGUGCCGCACCUUCCACACCAUCGGCUUCUGUCCCUACGGGCCUCGCUGCCACUUUAUUCACAAUGCCGAGGAGCGCCGUGGACCUCCUCCACCGUCCUCGCCUCUCUCCUCCUCCAACAAGAUGGAGCGGCCUCGACUGCAGCACAGCUACAGCUUUGCAGGGUUCCCCAGCUCAGGUGGGCUGAGAGACAGCCCCACCUCUGUCACCCCUCCUCCCAUGUUCUUCCCUGAUGAGGUCCCAGAGUGGCCCAGCAGUAACCCCUUCACCUACUCCAGCCAGGAGCUGGCCAACCUGUUUGGGCCCAGCCUCAGUGCUGGUCCCGUAGGCACAGAGCCCAACACCCCUGCACCCCCCUCUCCAACAAGCACCCCUUACUUCUUCAGGCCCAUGUUGGAGUCCCCUCAGAUGUUUGAGUCUCCGUCCAGCCCUCCUGACUCUCUGUCGGAUCAGGAGGGCUACCAGAGCAGCUCCGGAGGCAGCCUGAGUGGCUCUGAGUCCCCCACGCUGGACACCACCCGCCGCCUUCCCAUCUUCAGCCGCCUCUCCAUCUCUGAUGACUAGACUGCACACAUCUACCAGCAACUUAAGUCAAAUGACACAAAGAGAACACGGCACUCCCCUCUACCUCUACCCCUUUCCCUAGCUUGCCUAUCUACCCCUACGCAAGACACCAUGUUAGUUCCUAGUUAGCUUUGCAAGGAUGUAGUCAAUUAAGGGAACUCUGUCAAAUCAAUUUCAUCCCUGUUAAUCUUACGGCAAGUUUUUAAAAGCAUCCCAUCUUGUGUCAUAGUGCCAAAAAAGGAGAGGAAAUUGAACAAUGAAAAUGAUGUGAGAACAAGAGUUGACUGUUUUGCCAGGUGCCACUUGUUUUUUUUCUUUCCCUACUUAAUUUGUUCUUGAAUGUGUAGCAGCACAAGUGGCCUUGGAAUGGGGAGUGCGUUGCACGAACCCCCCCAACCCCCCGUGACAAUACCACUUCCCCCGAGCUAGCUAGAGGGUGCUCACUAACUUAACUGUAGAUCUACCACAGCCGUUUUUACAGACUGAGCUAAGACAAAAGGAAAAAAAAAAAGACCCUGAAAUGAUAUGAAUAGUUUUUUUAAAAAAAGAGAAAAAAAAGUGCCUGGGGCUGUUUCUGCAUGUGUUAGGGUGAAUGGACUACUGUUUGUUUUUUGGUUCUUUCUCAUUUGCCCCCUGUCACGGUUCUUCUUAAGCCCUGUCUUAUGUAAUUGUGGACUGGGUGAGUCUGCAGGAAGGACUUUGAACUGGAAGUUGGUUAUGAUCCCCCUGAGUUUUCUCCUCCUGUUGCUGGUCACUGGCUCUUUUGGGAAGGAAGUCUUGAUAUCUAACUGAUUAUUAAACCUGUAAGACUGUCCCGUCUCUCAACCCUGCCCCCAUCCGUGCCGAUCUGCAGGCAGUGGGGAAUUCCAGCAUUCCCAUGGUGCAGUUGUACAUCCUGCAACUGGAUGAGAUCGGAUCUCCAAGCUAUCUUACUUUACUUCUCUAGAACCUGCUCCCAGGAGCUUUCUGUACUCAUUACAUCCCUUUUGCUUUCUUUAUUUGAUAAUUAUUUUUUAUUAAUGUUAUUAUUACGGUUAUUAUUAUUGUUUGAAAACUUUCCAGACAGAAGGUUUGCUUGUCACUGCUUAUUUAACUUAUCAAAACAUAUUUAUUGGUGAUCAUAUGCAUUUUUUGUUAAUUUUGUUUUGUAUUUAUCUGGAUAAUGAACAAUAGAAUAUAUUUUCUUUUAUGUUAAAUUAUGAUCUUCCAUAUUAAUCUAAAGAUUGUGAAGACGUUUUUUGUCAGUUUCCUUUUUUCACAGUUUAAUAUAUUGUACUGAAAUGACUUUUGUUUUGCAACAACACUUUGUCAAAAUGAAACUUAAUUUAAAGCAAAAAAAAAAUGCAAAAAAAGGUGUUUUGCGUUUUGAUUAUUUAUUGUAGAUUUUUUUUCUUUCUCUCUGUUAUUGGACUGCAAUUCCAUCUAAACUAGAUUUGCUUGUAUUCAUUCCUGAUUUUUCUCCACAUCCAACAACAACCUGACAGUAACAGUAAAAAGCUGUUGUUACCUUAGUUGAAACUUCUUUUUUUUCCCCCCUUUAAACCCAUUGUUUUCUACUUUGUUUUUUCUUUUCUCAGAUUAUAGGUCCCAACUAUCUAAAAAGAAAGGGUUAUCACAGUAUUUGGGUUGAUUUCUGAGGUAAAAGGGGCCCUGUGAGACCUCACAUCACUGUUGGUUUAGGACGGUCUCGAAGUUAGUGGUCACUUUUUAAAUGUCUUCUGUCAAUAAUGUUCUUACAUAGAUACCCAUACUGUUAUUACAAGCAAUAGCUGUGACCAAAUGGGUUGAGGAAAGGAUUAUAUAUAUUAUUUUUUUUUUGUUCUUUGAUUGGAUGUUUGAUGCACUUGCUUGGCCCCUCUGCGCAGUGAGCAUUAGAAGUGCCUCUGUUAAAUACAUUCCAGGUAGCUAAGGCCUCUCUCUCUGCCUUUUAUAUUUGAUAAUGGAAGACAAAACAUUUUUAAGUCACUUGUUCUGUGUUACCUCCAUGGUUUUUGAGGUGAACAGAUUUGACACAAAGAAAGUAAAAACUGUUGAAUGUAUUUUUUCAGCCAUGUUUUUUUCACUACAGUAAUUUCUGUGAGUUUAUAUAAAAAAAAAAUUGUUUUUUUUUUUCUUUUUGUAAGUAUUGAUUGCAGUUAAAAAAUCAAUAAACC